AUGCUCUCUACCAACAAAACCUCUCCUGCUCUUGUUACCGCAAUGCUGGUAUGGGAAAAAUAUGGAGUACGAGGAGAACGCAUUUGCACGCAACCUCCGUUGUCUGUGGAAAGUAUGAGCCAGGGAGAUCCGGUUUUGCAUGGGACUGUUUCUUUCCAACCGGAAAACCAGUUGGAACAAACCGUCUUAGCGCGUUGGAGAUCCACAAAGCUUAAACGUUCGAAGAGAGAUCUGAUGAUAUCGAGAGGGAGCAUGGACAAGUUGGCAGGAUUGAAAGUUGAUACGUUUUAA